ACGGUAGAUCAAAAAUACACAACAUACAUAGGAUAUGUAUCGGAUAGGCCUAGUUCCAAACAUAUAUUAAUUGCUUCUCGGGUCCCUGUGAACUACCGGAUUCUGUCGGGCUCACCGGGUUCUACAGCCUAUUACGUCAAGUGAAAUUCCCUGUAAAGUGACUGUUGGUCAUCAACCAAGUCAUCCUUUCAAUAUUGAUCCUUUACAUUUGAUAGUUAUUGUUAAGACGUUUCAGCAGCCUUAGGUAUGAGCGGUGAAAAAGGAGGUGCACCACCCAGCUACCCACCCCAGUAUGGACAGCCUCUACAACAGCCACCACCUGGCUAUGAUUCUGUGCCUCAAUAUCAGCCUUAUGGGCCCCCAUCAGGGGCCCCAAUGUACAUGUACCAGGGUGGCCAUCCACAUUACCAAGCUCAGAUGUCACCUGGACAGACACAGGUUCUGGUGGUACCCCCGCCUCAGACAUUUUCAGAACCUCCUCCACCCGACUACAUGAACAGAGCAAUCUUCACUACCAUCUGCUGCUUCUGGCCUGUGGGAAUUUUCGCCAUAAUGAAAGCCAGUGAGGCAAAAAAUGCCUACGCACGUGGUGACUUUCUAGGAGCGAAAUCCAAUUCUGACUCCGCCCGACGGCUUUCCAACAUCGCCAUCUUUGCUGGUGUUGCAAGCAUUGUCGUGUCCAUGAUCAUCGUAGGUGUUUAUGUGGGCCUGAUCAUGACCAACAUGAGGAGUUACUAACAUCUGAGCUGGUACCUAUGGACAGACAUACCAACACAAGGAGUUACUAACAUCUGAGCUGGUACCUAUGGACAGACAUACCAACACAAGGAGUUACUAACAUCU